AUGUCUUCUGGCAUAAAAAUGCUUAUGGGUCACAACAGUGAUCCAAAGGUUUCGUCACUUCAUCGUCCUAAAAACCUUGAUGAAAUAUCCUCUCAAUCCACAACGGUUCAGAUUUUGAAGAAGAAUCUUGAAACUGCAAAUCUUCCUCAUAUGCUCUUCUAUGGACCUCCUGGUACAGGUAAGACAUCUACAAUUUUGGCUAUGGCAAAACAACUUUACGGACCCAAUCUUUUCAAAUCACGUGUAUUGGAAUUAAAUGCAUCCGAUGAAAGAGGCAUUAAUAUUAUCAGAGAACGCGUUAAGGACUUUGCGAGACUUUCGGUGUCCAAUCCAACUAGACAAGACCUAGAUAACUAUCCAUGUCCUCCCUAUAAGCUCAUUAUUUUGGACGAGGCCGAUUCGAUGACAAGUGGUGCACAAUCUGCUCUUCGUAGGACAAUGGAGACUUAUUCUGCCAUUACCAGAUUCUGCUUGAUUUGUAAUUACGUCACUAGAAUCAUUGAUCCAUUAGCUUCUCGUUGUUCCAAGUUCAGAUUCAAGUCCUUAGAUGAAUCCAGUGCCUUUGAAAGACUUCGGUUCAUCUGUUCUCAAGAAAAUCUCGAUACUGACGAUGAUACUUUAAAGGAGAUCCUACAUAUCAGCGAGGGUGAUCUUCGUAGAGCGAUUAAUUACCUACAAAGUGUUAGCAAAUUGUUAUCUAAUAGCUCUAAAGAUAAUGAAGGAGACGUGGAAAUGCAAGAUCAGACUUUGAAAAGAGAACAAGUUAGAGAAAUGUUCGGUUUUAUGCCUGAUCAGCUUCUCGCAGAUUUCAUAGCCGUUCUAGAAGAGAAGAACUUUGACAAAAUCUUCAACUUUGUCCUGGAAAAAAUAGCCAAACAGGGUUAUACUGCCACCAUUCUACUCAACUCUCUUCAUGACAAGUUAUUGUUGGGUGGGAAAACCGACUCCAUCGACUUGAGCUUGAGACUUUCCAACCUUCAGAAGAACGAAAUAGCCAAAAUAUUGUUUGAUGCAGACUGCAAGUUGACUGAAGGCUGUGACGAAGACCUUCAGGUGCUUAACUGUGCUGUUAAGAUAUCGAAUCAACUUUAA